AUGGACCCGAGCAAAGCAGGCACAGUUGUUGGCAUAGCUUCAUGGAUCUGCAUUCCGAGCUAUUAUCACAUAUCAGAAGACGCUCUCUGUCCAACUGUCAGCUUCAACUCGAUUAGCAAUCUCAUCAUGAGCCAACCAGCUGCGGUACCCAGCCAGUCCGAGAAGCCUACGCAGGCUCACCUCGAGGACAUGUCUAUACAGCCUCAGGACGAUCCUGACGCCAAAGUCGACGGAUAUGAUAGCUAUGGUCUAGUGAAGUCUAGGUACGAUGAACUGUCUAUCCCCCGCACUGUGUGGGUCUUUAGGCGUGUCGUCCUGGUUUCAUUAGCUGUCUACACAGGUUAUGUCUGCGAAGGUUUUGAGCUUGGAGCUGGAGGCAGUGUCGUUGCAAACAAGGGUUUUAUUAAGGAGUUUGGUACCACUGGUGGCGCUGGGGUUAGAGCACUUGAUCCUCCCUGGUUAUCCACUUGGAGUGCUCUUUUGAAUGUCGGCCAGAUCAUCACUUUCACUUACAUCUCUUGGUUCGCAGAUCGUUAUGGUCGUAAGGCUUCGUUCUACCUUGCUUGGAUUUGGCUCGUCGUUGGUUGCGUUUUCCUCAACACAGCUAAAAGUCCGUCCGUUUGGGCACUGGCAAAGCUUUGCAAUGGUGCAGGUAUCGGUAUACUUCAAGUUACAUGCCAAGUCUACAUCAUGGAGAUCUGCCCCAACAGAAUCCGAGGUGGUAUGAUCACUUUCUCGUCGGUUUGGAAUAACAUUGGCGGCAUCGUCACCUCCGUAAUGAUGCAACAACUCAACCAAAAACACCCCGACAACUACCUCCUAGCAAUGCGCAUUCUCUGGAUCCCCAUCGGGAUAAUGAUCGUGUUUUGGAUCUUCAUUCCGGAAUCUCCUUGGUUCCAUGCUCGACGCGGUAAUAAGGAGAAAGCUAUGAAGAGCAUGAGACAGCUGUAUAGUGGUGUUGACGAGUAUGACUUUGAAGAAGAGUAUGGCAUUAUUGCGAGAACGAUUGAGCAUGAGAAGUCGCAGCUGGAGGAUGAGCCGAGAUUCAUACAUGUUUUCCAGGGUCUUAACCUUAAACGUACACUUACUGUCAUGGUACUUGCGGUAUGCCAACAACUCGCUGGUUUGGCCAUCAUUAGUACUUAUUCAACAUACUUUUUCUCUCUUGCUGGCCUUGAGGAUCCUUUUCUCGGAACAGUCAUUCUCUCCUGCUGCAAUCUCCUUGCCGUCAUUCUCUGGUCCUUGAGUACCGACAAGAUUGGUCGUCGUCUGAUCAUCAAUUGUUGCCAGACAUUUGUCUGUGCCAUUCUCUUCGUUGUAGGUGGACUGCACUGGACGGGAGCAACAUCCGGGAAUACUGCGGCUGCUACUGGCCUUCUGGUAAUUUGCUGUUUCUGGACUUUCUCGUUCCAACUCAUCGCCAUGUCGUACUACCUCUACUCGGCUGAGCUUCCCUCUGCGCUUCUACGAAUCAAAACGGGACCUGUGACUUUCUUCUCGAACUCCAUUAUGGGCAUAGCUACAUGCUACGCAACACCGCCAAUGCUCCUCUCACUCAGUCUCAAAACUGGCUUCGUAUACGGCGCUUUCUCCGUUCCAAUAUGCAUCAUCAUGUGGCUCUACCUGCCUGAGACGAAAGGCCGUUCCGCAGCCGAGAUUGAUGAGCUGUACGAACGCAAGAUUCCGGCUUGGAGGUGGGAGAAGACCGUCACCGCGGCCGAAGAACAAAUGCAACUUGUGGUACAAGUUAAGGGCGCUGUGAGGGACGCGAAGGGAGAGAAGGUGUAG